AUGUCCAACUCUAUCCGAAGCUUCUCUCCGUGGAGGAGAAGGGCCUCGAGCCUCUCCGUCGGAUCGCAUCGGACGCAGAACGACAGCACCAACAGCCUCCAUCUCCCGACCGAGUCGCUACCCAUCCCCUCGUCCCGCCCGCUGUCGUCCUCGGUCGGCUCCCCCAAAGGUUCCAGGGAACCCAUCAGAUCGUACAUCCACGCUUCUGUGAGGGAGCAGCUUGCUCCCGUCGACAGCGAGCAAAAUGCGCGAUACGUCCGCGAAGACACGGCCGAACUUGCGACUUACCUCUUGUCCGAUGACGUGACUCGUCGGAGGCCAUCAUUUCUGCAGCGGCCUCGAUCCUCGGUCGAGAAUCUGUUUGGCUCACGUCACGAGGGCGUCGGCCCGGACGACGACGAUGAUGCGUGCACGCCCCAACCCAUCCCGGAAGUAUCAGAGUCGGGAUCAUCAUCGGAUGGCGAGCCGAGCAACGCCGCAGGAGACCGCGAUGGAUUCUCCGUCCUGUCAUCCCUUCUGAGGAGCUCACCUCCGGAGUCGCUGUCCCCCCACUCAUUGUCUUCCUCGACGACGCAGCCGGAACCAAAAGAUACACGGCCAUCAGCCGCGCGUACAAAGUCGAAACGUCGACAGAGCGUCGUCCCGGAGCCUUCGGUGGAAACGCCGCUGCUUCGCGGCACCACGCCCCAGGCGACGUACUCGUAUGACAACGCCGUAAACGUCGAGGGCCAAAAGCCACGAGUCAAGAAGCGCUGGUACGCCCGCCUCGCCAAGCGAGGUCGCGAGGUGGAGGGCCAUGUGUCCCAUGCCGUGGCCGUCGUUGCAAACCCGCGCCGUUGGGAUCGCAGAAUCGUAUGGGAGAAGGCCGUCGUCGAGCCUGUUUCCGUCCUUCCCGCGGUGGCCGUCGGUCUCCUCUUGAACAUUCUCGAUGCUCUGUCGUACGGCAUGAUUCUCUUCCCUCUUGGGAAACCAAUCUUUCAGCAUCUGGGAUCCGCCGGCAUCUCCAUCUACUACGUCAGCACCAUCGUCUCCCAGCUGAUUUUCUCCUCCAGCAGCAUCUUUAGAGGAGCCGUCGGGUCCGAGCUGAUUGAAGUUGUCCCUUUCUUUCACAACAUGGCCCAGACCAUCACCGAGAUCGUGGGCGAGGACAACCCCGAUGCCGUCAUCGCGACGACCAUAGUCGCAUACGCGACCAGCUCCAUGCUGACGGGACUCGUCUUUUACCUCAUGGGCAAGUUCAAGUUUGGAUACAUGGUCGGAUUCAUCCCACGCCACAUCCUGAUCGGAUGCAUCGGUGGAGUCGGCUGGUUCCUCAUCGCCACCGGAUUCGAGGUCUCGGCUCGGCUCGACGGCAGUCUCGACUACAAUCUCGACACGCUCCAGAAGCUCAUCCAGGCCGACACCGUCCUUCUCUGGGGUUUCCCCUUCAUCUUGGCCGUCGUCCUGUUCUACAGCCAGUCCAAGGUUCGGUCCAAAUACUUUCUGCCCCUAUACAUCAUUUCCAUACCCGUCAUCUUCUACGUCUUCGUUGCCAUCGUCGACGCUUUGGAUGCGGACACGCUUCGCUCCGACGGUUGGAUAUUCGAAGGUCCGCCGCCAAGCGAGCCGUGGUGGUACUUUUACACGCUGUAUCAGCUUCAGCUGGUACGAUGGGAUGCCAUCGUCGAGGUGAUUCCCGCCAUGCUGGCCCUCACCUUCUUCGGAAUUCUCCACGUGCCCAUCAACGUUCCCGCCCUCGCCCUCAACUGCGGCGAGGACAAUGCCGACCUGGACAAGGAGCUGAAGCUGCAUGGCUACUCCAACUUCAUCUCGGGCUGCUUCGGCAGCAUCCAGAACUACCUCGUCUACGCCAACACGGUGCUGUUCAUCCGGUCCGGCGGCGACAAGCGACUGGCAGGAUACAUAUUGGCCAUCCUCACCUUUGGCGUCAUGGUCGUGGGCCCCUCCAUCAUCGGCUUCAUCCCCGUCAUGAUGGUGGGGACCCUCAUCUUCGAUCUCGGCUUCGAGCUGCUGCUGGAAGCCGUGUGGCUCCCGAGGAAGAAGCUGAAGUUGGCGGAAUACAUGACCGUCAUCGUCAUCGUGCUCGUCAUGGGCGUCUACGACUUCGUCGUCGGCAUCGGCGUCGGAAUCCUGCUCGCCUUCGUCUCGCUCAUCAUCCAGACGUCGAGGGUAUCAGCCAUCAGGGGUACCUAUGGCGGCGACAUCGUCACCUCGACGGUGCGGCGUAACCCUUCGCAGCAGCAUUACCUGCACCAGGUUCGUCGGCAGAUAUCCAUCAUCAAACUUACCGGCUACCUCUUCUUCGGCACCAUCGUCAGCGUCGAGGAGAGGAUCCGGGCCAUCCUCGACGACGGUGCGUUUGCGAGGAAGCCCAUCAAGUUUCUCAUCCUCGACUUGUGGCACGUCACGGGGCUCGAUUACUCGGCGGGCGAAGCGUUCAACACCAUCAGCCGGCUCCUCGACAGCAAGGACGUGCUGCUCGUGCUCAGCGGCGUCGAUGCCGAGAGCCAGCUUGGCCGCAGUCUCCGGGCCGUCGGGCUCGGCACCGACACGAUCGAGGUCCUGAUGCUCCCGGACCUCAACUCGGCGCUGGAGAGCUGCGAGAACGAGCUCCUCAAGACUCUGUACGCCAGGCAGGAGGAGAUGAAGGCGACGAGGAAGCUGGGCACGGCAAACCUCGACGUUCCAGCCGCCGCACCGAGUGCGUCGAGGCCGUCGGCGCUCGACGCACCCUUCAACUCGCCUCGGCGAAACCACCUCGUGGAGGCGGCGCAGGAGGCCAUCACCAGCGUCGACGUGCAGCGGCCAUCGAAGUGGCAGAGCUUCCAGGAGCCGCUGCGACUCAUGCUCCAGGUCUUCCAGGGGCUCAGCGACAAGAACGAGGACUUUUGGUUCCGCGCCAUGCCGUACUUUGCGCGGAAGGAGUACGAGCCGGGCACCAUCCUCUUCCGGCGAGGCGAGCGAGCGAACGGGUUCUACCUCGUCGAGGGUGGCAUCUUGCGCGCCGAGUACGACUUGCCCCAGGGCCGGCUCUGCGAGAGCAUCGUGGCGGGCACGACGUGCGGCGAGCUGCCGUUCUUCUCCGAGACGGAGCGGACGGCGACGGUGCAGGCAGACAGGCACUGCAUCGUCUGGCUCAUGGACGGCGAAGGCUGGGCGAGCCUUCAGAAGGACGAGCCCGAGGUGGCGAGAGAGCUGCUGAGGAUCUCGUUGAAGCUGACGAGCGAGCGGAUGGGGGCCAUCACGUCGUACAUUUUGGCCAUGGCGGGUUAG